CAACGGUCACUGGCUGACUAUGCGUCUACACCCAAAUAUCACUCAAUUAUUAGCUCUCUGCGAGGAGAGGAGACAGAUGCAAUGGCGGAUGCAGCGGUGGAGUUCCUGCUGGAGAACCUCCAGCAGCUGCUGCUUUACCACGUCCACUUAAUCAAGGACGCAAAGGAGCAGGUGGAGCGGCUCGAGAGGGACCUCCGCCUCUUCAAAUCCUUUCUCAAGGACUCCACCAAAAAGCGCCGCCGCGACGACAGCCUCCGCGAGCUCGUCUGCCAGAUUCGCGACGUCGUCUACGAGGCCGAGGACGUCAUCGACGCCUUCGUCACCCAGGCCACCGAGAGCAGGUCCAAGAGCCGCAUCUUCAGAGCCUUUCAGGCGCCCGUCAAGCUCCUCACCAUCGCUAAGGAGGUCGAGAAGGUCGGCGCCAAAGUUAGAGACAUCUAUGGCGGUAAAGGCAAGCUUGAUUUCGCCAGCCUCACCGUUGGAGAUGGAGGGCCUGAAGAAUCUGAGGCGCCCAUUCCACGCCAAGAUGAUGUGGUGGGUUUUGAGGAUGAAGCAGAGACGAUAAUAGGGUACAUCAACGCAGAAAGUCAUGAGCUUGAUGUCAUCUCCAUUAUUGGUAUGCCCGGCCUUGGCAAGACAACGCUCGCGUGGAAGAUCUACCGUGAUCCAGACAUUCAAUACGAAUUCCCCACUCGUGUUUGGGUGUAUGUAUCUCAGGAGUUCUCUAAAAAGGAUGUCUUCCUUUCCAUGUUGAAACAACUUACGAGGCCCACUGAAGACAUGUAUCGAAGAAAUGAUCAGGAGUUAGCCCAAUUGGUUGCUGAUCAUCUGCAGAGAGGCAAGUUCUUGAUAGUCAUGGAUGAUGUGUGGACAAGUGAAGAUUGGGAUAAGCUCAAAGUAGCUCUGCCUAGGAGCAAUAAGACGUGUAAAGUAUUGAUCACCAGCCGUCAUAAGGAAGUGGCUUGGCAUGUCAAUCGCAAUAGAGGCCCCCACAAUUUGCGUUUUUUGACUCCAGACGAGAGCUGGUUGCUGCUCCAGCUCGAGGUUUUUGGUAAGCCCGAGUGGCCUUCUUCUGAGUUAGAGGUUCUUGGAAAAGUGAUCGCAGAGCAAUGUGGCGGCCUCCCACUUGCAAUAGUUGUCAUAGGAGGCAUCCUUGCGAAAAAGUUUGCAGCAUCACAUGAAACGAGUGCAAAGGUGAAAGCUUGGUGUAAGGUGUCUGAAAGUGUGAGUACAUAUCUCACUGAGGAGGAUCCACAGAGACGUAUGGAAAGAAUUAUAGCUUUGAGUUAUGAUAAACUGCCGUUUCACCUAAGAGCAUGCUUUCUCUAUUUUGGGAUGUUUCCGGAGGAUUUUGAGAUCCCGGCUUGGAAGUUGAUUCGAAUGUGGACUGCAGAAGGAUUCAUACAGCCAAAAUCUGGUCUUAAUUUGGAGGAAACUGCUGAAAGUUAUUUGGAGGAGCUUAUCAAUAGGAACUUGGUACGAGUUGAUAAGAGGAAACCUUGUGGAAAAGUUAAAACAUGCCGCAUUCAUGACAUGUUGCGCGAUUUCUGCAAAUACGAAGGUGGUAAAGGAAGGGAGAAUUUCCUUCAAGAAAUGAAGAAGACUGGGGAAGGAGAAUUCGAACCUCCCAUAUCUAAUGUAGCAACUUGUCGUCGUCUUUGUAUUCACUCAAAUAUCUCAAGCUUUGUCUCUUCAAAGCCCACUGGUCCGCAUGUCCGCUCGUUUGUUUGUUUCUCCAAAGAAGAUAUCAAUUUACCUGCAGAGAGUUGUUCAACCAUACCUGCAGGUUUCAAAUUGCUCCGAGUUUUAGAAGUCAAGCCCAUCAAAAUGACCAAAAUUCCAAGUGACUUAUACCAUCUGGUUCAUCUGAGGUAUAUCACUCUGUCUUUCACUCUAGCUGUUCUUCCUGCCGCCUUCUCCAAACUUUGGAACCUACAAACUUUUGUAGUCGAUACAACAUCUCGUGCCCUUGAUGUUAAAGCUGAUAUUUGGAAGUUGCUUCAGUUAAGGCACUUGAAGACAAAUGCUUGCACUACUUUGCCUAAGACGGGUAGUAAAACUAGUAAAGAAGGCGAAAAGCUUCAAACACUCAGCACUAUUUCACCUCAAAAUUGCAGUGAAGAUGUUCUGGAUAAAUGCUUUAAUUUGAAGAAACUGGGCAUUCGUGGGCGGCUCUCACUUCUCGUGGAUGGCAAGGCUGGGUCGUUUGAGAGUGUGGGAAGAUUGCGUAAUCUAGAAAGGUUGAAGCUAGUGAAUGACGUGUUUCCUGACCCCCCUUCAGAAGGCCAAUUGGGCAGCCUUCCUCCUACCUAUCAAUUCCCUCCGAAACUAAGGAUCCUAACAUUAGCUGAUACCUUUCUCGAUUGGAGUCAUAUGUCUACCCUGGGAUUGCUCGAGAACUUGGAGGUGCUUAAGCUGAAAGACAAUGCAUUCAAGGGGAGAAACUGGACAGCAGUUGAUGGGUGUUUCCGAAAUCUUGAAGUCCUGCACAUUGGACGUACGGAUUUAGUCAUUUGGGAAGCUUCAGCUCAUCACUUCCCAAGACUUAGAUGUGUUGAGUUGUGUAACUGCGAGAAACUUCAGUACAUUCCAAUCGGGCUGGCAGAUAUACCGAGCUUCCAGCUGUUGGACUUGUACCGUACUGAAUAUGCAGCUGCCUCCGCCAAGAGAAUUCAUGAGAAGAGGAUUCAAGAUGCAAACAGAAGGCAUGAGGAGGGAGAUCAAACCAUCACAGUCAUGUUCAAGCUAUCCAUUUUCCCUCCUGCUGUGUGAUCAAUGAUCGCUGAUGACUUCUCACUCAAGAGGUAAGUAAGAUGCUAUAUUAACUGUGUUCCAUGUUACAUACAUGCUCAAAAUCAGCUUACCAUCACAAUUUGCAGAGGAGCCAGGAAAGAAUGCCUGGUGAUGGAGAACCGGUUCUCGUACUCUGCCACGUCACUUACAUUCUUUUCUUUAUAUGCUGAACUAAGUGUUGCAAUGUGAUUAUGUUUGAUAGAUGGUAUAUGUAUUGCUAUUCGAUCUGUUCAUUGUGCUGCUGUGAGUGUGUUCAAUAUUAUGAAAAUUAUUGCUGGUUUUCUCCCUUCCUCA